AUGGAGCUUGACCAAGAGCUCGAUCGAGUUGAUGAGCUCGACCAAGAGCUCGAUCGAGUUGAUGAGCUCGAUCGAGUUGAGGGUCGAGUUGGUGAGCUUGAUCGAGUUGAGGGUCGAGUUGGUAGUUUGUUGGGGUCUUUGAAUUUCAAAGCAGUUGUGAUUGAGGUAAUCUAUGACAAAGUACCAGGACCAAGAUGGGGUUUCGGAUUCGUGACUAUGUCGCCAGUCUCUGAAGUUGAGGCAGCUGCUCAAGAGUUCAAUGGCUAUCUAACCCUUUCCCAAGGUGAAAGCUAUCAACCAAGACUUGAUCUCAGAAACAGGGGGUUAGCCAGUGAGAAUCAAGCCUUGGAGGCCAUAGGAUCAUUGCUCAAACUAAUCCAUCCAACCCCUUAG